CACCCAUGUAUAAUACGCCUGAUGACUCGACACAUCAUACAGAUUUUUAAAACAGUAUAUAUAAUAUAGUUUGCUUUAGUGUGUCUAUGGAAUGUUUAUUUUUGUAAAUGGUUGCAAAACCUCAUCGGUAUAAUUUGAACUAAAACAAAUCCUAAUCAUGACCAAGAAAAAGAAACAAAACAAUAACCCAAUGAAAGGGCAGGUAAACAAAGGAAUGGACACGUCCAGUGUGUUCACGAUCGAAUCGAGUGCGUCCAAUUGGCGCGAGUCAAGGGAAACGCUCACAACAGAUACACACACGCCAGUUCAAAUGUCUCGAAGAAAUUCCUUUUCGUCCGCUAUGGAGAGUGGAAGUAUAUUUUCUGGCAGUAUUGGGUCCGUGCCAUCAAAGGCGAGUGCAGCAUUAUCUACGGACGCAUUGUUAUUGAAGCAGAAAACAGAGGAUAUUGAAGGACAAUCUACCGAACGUGAAUCGUGGGAUAAUAAAGUACAAUAUCUCUUAGCCGUCGUCGGGUUCGCUGUAGGACUUGGAAAUGUCUGGAGAUUUCCUUAUCUAGCACAGAAAAACGGAGGAGGUGCUUUUCUUAUUCCAUAUGUCAUAAUGUUGGCAAUCGAAGGCAUUCCUUUGUUUUACCUUGAACUUGCAGUAGGUCAAAGGUUACGGAAAGGAGCCAUAGGAGCAUGGAAUGAAGUUAGUCCCUUUUUAGGCGGGAUUGGAAUAGCUUGCUGUUUUGUCUCGUUUUGGGUAGCGUUAUACUAUAACACUAUUAUUGCCUGGUGUCUGUAUUAUUUAGUGCUGAGUUUCCGAGCUACCUUACCAUGGGCAGCAUGUCCAGAUCCGGUACCAAAGGAGUGCAAUAUGAGCAGUCCAACAACUUAUUUCUGGUACAGAAAGACUUUAGAUAUUUCGUCUUCUGUAGAGGAAACUGGAAACCUGAACUGGUGGAUAUUGGUUUCGUUGUUCGUAGCUUGGCUUAUUGUGUUCAUGUGCAUGAUUAAAGGGAUUGCAUCUUCCGGUAAAGUUGUGUAUGUUACUGCAACAUUUCCAUAUUUGGUUUUGAUCAUCUUUUUCUUCCGUGGAGUAACUUUAGAAGGAUUCCAGCAUGGACUAGAAUAUUUCUUUGUACCGGAUUUUUCUAGAUUAGGAGAUCCACAAGUAUGGUUAGAAGCUGCAACACAAAUUUUCUUCUCAUUAGGAUUAGCUUUUGGUGGACUGAUCGCUUUCUCCUCAUAUAUGCCAGUGAGAAACAACUGUUAUGUUGACGCCAUCUUGGUUUCGGUUAUCAACUGUGGCACAUCCGUUUUUGCUGGAAUCGUCAUAUUUUCUAUAUUAGGUUUCAAGGCUAACAACUCAUACAAUGAUUGCUUAGCAACAAGGAAUAGCCAGCUGAUAAGUCUGUUCAACACAACAGACCUGACAGUACCAAAAGCUGGAACACAAACAACAUUUACCCAGUUCGAACCAUCUAUUCAACGAUGGAUACAAAGACAAGGGAUAAUGCCGGAACUUCCAGUCUGCGAUUUGAAGGCAGAGCUUCAAAAGUCGGGUUCAGGAACAGGACUUGCCUUUAUUGCGUUCACAGAAGCCAUAAACCAAUUCCCAGCAGCACCGUUCUGGUCGAUCUUGUUCUUCCUGAUGUUACUGACACUUGGGUUAGACAGCAUGUUUGGUACACUAGAGGGCGUGGUGACAUCUAUAAUAGACAUGAACCUCAUAACAAACUUGAGAAAAGAUGUAUUAGCAGGUGUACUAUGUGCUGUUUCCCUACUGAUGUCCUUUGGUUUUGCCACACAGAAUGGACCAUACAUUUUUGUUCUUUUUGACGAAUUUAGUGGCAAUAUUCCACUAUUAGUUAUCGCAUUUUUCGAAGUCAUUGGAAUAAGUUACUUUUAUGGACUUAAACGAUUUGGAGAUGAUAUAUCUUUAAUGAUUGGUUACAGACCAAAUUAUUACUGGUUGAUUAUGUGGAAAUAUGUAUCACCUUUAGCAAUCAUCGUCAUAUUCUUAGCGAGUGUGAUAAAAAUGGCAGUUACCGGUACAACUUACGAUGCUUGGGAUUCUACAACGGCAACAACGACAGCUUUAUCAUGGCCGGGAGGACAUAAAUUUGUUGCAGCAUUUUUAAUUCUUACUGCAGUUCUUUGGAUACCAGGUGUAGCUUUAGUAAAGUAUUUUCGGUUGAUAAAAUGGGAACCUGAAACACCAGCUUAUUUUCCUGAAGAAGAACUGAAAAAAGAAAAGGAACUUAAAAUAUAUGAGCCUUCAGAUAUGGAAAGAAAAUUCUUCUACUGGAGAGAGGUUUUGGAUUGAUGAUAACCCCAAACGUAGUAUAAUAUUUAAUUUAAAAAUGUGAUCUCAUAUUGCAGCAUUUUAACAUUUUAAAGUAUAUAUUCAGAAUCUUCAUAUUAAAAGAGGACAUUAAUUUUAAUUGCAGUAAUGCAAUCAGGAUUUUAUACGUAGAUUUUUUUUAUAAGUGUGAAUAAGUACAGUGAUAGUGCUAAUGACAGAUUUUUUACAAGGAGCAUUAUAUAUGUCUGAACAAGUACAGUGAUGAAAAUUGGAUAUUGUAAAUAUAAGAAAUAAACAAUUCAUUUCAUGUCAAUCAUGUAAUCCGGUGCUUUUAGGAUUCAUGUAAUUUAUAUUUUACUUUUAAUAUUCUAAUUUUAGUGCAAUAAAACUUAUUUUUAUUUU